CAACAACUCGAUAUAGUAGAUUCAUACACAAGAGAAAGCAUCAGCUCUAUAGAAGAGAUCAAAAUCCUUUCUUGGUAGACAGAAAUGGCGUCGUCCAACUUCUAUCUUCUCAGUGUUCUUCUCAUUAUGAUCGCUUCCGGCGCUCGAGCUAUGGAUCCGAGUCCCCUACAGGACUUCUGCGUUGCAGACAAAGACUCGCCUGUACGUGUGAAUGGGUUGCCCUGCAAGGAUGUUAAGGAUGUGAAGGUUGACGACUUCUUCCUGGCAGCCAACCUUGACAAGCCAAGGGAUACGACGAUGAGCAAGGUCAAGUCAAAUGUCACGUUGAUCAAUGUGAUGAAGCUGGCCGGUCUAAACACCUUGGGCAUCUCCAUGGCUAGGAUUGACUAUGCUCCUCAAGGACAGAACCCACCACAUACUCAUCCCCGUGCCACUGAGAUCUUAACAGUUCUUGAAGGUUCACUCUAUGUUGGUUUUGUCACAUCUAACCCGGACAACAAAUUUUUUAGCAAGCUGCUCAACAAGGGUGACGUUUUUGUGUUCCCACAAGGCCUAAUCCACUUUCAGUUCAAUCCAAGUCAUGACAAGCCAGCGGUUGCCAUCGCCGCUCUCAGCAGCCAGAACCCUGGUGCCAUUACCAUUUCUAAUGCAGUAUUUGGAUCAAAACCAUCGAUCGCGGAUGACGUUCUUGCCAAGGCGUUUCAGGUGGACAAGAAGGUUGUGGAUUGGCUACAAGCUCAGUUUUGGGAGGACAACCACAACUAAGUGAAGGAUUCUAUUGUUAUGGUUUUUGCGUAGCGAUGUAAUAAGUAACAACAUUGGUUUGAUUUGUUUGUAUGAUGCAGAAAACUACUGUAUACCUAUAUUGCCAUAUGGAUUCUGUAAAAUGCUAUAUAUGACCUUAUUAGUCAUAAAAUUAAAAUCAUAUAUUGAUUGCA